AGCAAUCACCGUAUCUCCAGUUCCCCGUCGCAGGACUCCCAGGAAAGACAAGAGACCUGACUCCUACCGCCUCUGACAGGUUCCAUCAUGGAGGUUAAUGUCACUGCCUUGGGGCCCACCAUGUCCUCGUUGUUCUCCCCCAAAACCAACAUAAGCAGCAUUAUGGACACAAUCCAGGUCUUCUUCUACAGCAUAGUUUUUCUCCUCGGUUCACUCGGCAACGGAGCCGUGAUCUGGGUCACGGCUCCCCAAACCACACGUGCUGUCAAUUGCGUUUUUUUCUUCCACCUAGCCUUGGCCGACUUCCUGUUCUCAGUGAGUCGAAUCGUGCCCCUGCUGAAGAACGCUUUCUACAAAGGAUGGCCCUUUGGGAGCUUCCUGUGCCAAGCCACCAGCUUCAUCAAGUACCUCAACAUGUUCUGCAGCGUCUUCCUCUUGGCCGCCAUCAGCUUGGACCGGGCAGCCUCCGUGGUCUACCCGGUUUGGUCCAAAAACCGUCGUGGGCCCCGCUUGGCCUGGUUGGCGGCCCUUGGUGCCUGGGCCAUGGCGGUGGCCACCAGCCUCCCUUUCUACGUUUACCGUAAUGUAGUCGUGGAUAAGGAUAACAAAACCAAAUGCUCCCUCACGCUAGGGGAUGGCGACAAGAUGGCAAAGCUGGCCUUGUAUCUGCUGAGGUUGGUGUGUGGAUUCCUGGCUCCCUUUGCCGUCAUUGUGAUCUGCUAUGGGGUCAUCACUGUGAUGCUGAGGAGAAGGCGGACCACUUUCCGCUCCAAGAAGCCCUUCAAGGUCAUAUUGGCCAUUGUGGUCACAUUCUUUCUCUGCUGGGCCCCGUACCAUCUCUUUCUCCUCCUCAAAUUGGCAGGGGUGAAGGGACAGGCCAUUUCCGUGGGCCUCCCUCUCACUUCCUCUCUGGCCUACCUCAACAGCUGUGCCAACCCCAUCCUUUACUUCUUCAUGGGGCUAGACUUCCACAGAAAGCUGGGCCGUUUCAGCCUGGCGGUGGCCUUCAGGAAAACCUUGCUCGAAGACAGUGGCUACUCAUUCCACAGGCCAAGCAGACACACGAGAGAAGCCGCCUCUUCUCUGGAUGCCCUGGAGCGCACCUCAUAGGAUGCUUUCAACAACCUCACGGUCCUAGAGGCCUAUUGGCUAGUGAGGCCUACGUGUAGUAGUUGCUAAAAUAGUAUGUAUCUAGCGCAGCUUUCUCCAACCUGGCACCUGCCAGAUUUCUUGGACUACAACUCCUAUCAUCCCCAGUUAGCACAGGUUACGGCAACAUAUUGUUGCAUGCUCCUCAUGUCCUAGAGCUGUGAGAUAUUCCAGGGACAGAAGGCGCUACCUGCAUGAGAUUUCCUUCGGAUAACAGAGUGGACUAGAGACUUAAGGUUUCUUUGUAAUAUAUG